AUGAGCGAGCUCCAGAAAUCCUUCGCCAAGUCUAAAUUGGCGAAAUUUCCAUCCGACGUACCAAUGUCGGAUGCGAUGUAUGCCCAUCACCCGGGUCACGAUGACGAUAGCUCGUCAACCUCGUCGCUGUCAUCGACCGGCACGCUAAUGCCGUCCCCGACAAGACAUCUAUUUGCCCGAACAAAACACACCCAGUCAUCCCAAUCAUGUUCAUGGACAGAUUUCUUUGAACAGGAGCUCUUCCUAGCUCAAGAAUCAGACAGUUUACACAUCCUCCAUCACGUGUAUCUUACUUCACCAAAGGACUCAGGACCACUCUUUGUCAUGCACCAUGGAGCAGGCUCAUCGGGUCUUUCAUUUGCAACAUGCGCAGACGAGAUCCGGAAGAUCCUUCCGAAGGCCGGGAUUCUCUCCAUCGAUGCAAGAGGUCAUGGUCGCACGACAACAACCACUACCAAAACGGAGCAACAAACACCAUCAACUGCUGCCGCUGCACAGGUAGAAGCUAAUGAUCAAGUUCAACUGGAUUUGACUUUGGGAACUCUCAGCAAAGACGUGGUUCACGUAAUUCGCCAGACCCAAGAGCGAAUGAAAUGGGACAAGUUACCAGACAUUCUACUUGUGGGUCACAGUCUUGGAGGAGCUGUCAUCACAGAUGUGGCUAAGAAUGGGGAGUUAGGUCCGAAAUUGUUGGCAUAUGCUGUGUUGGAUGUUGUGGAGGGAUCUGCCAUGGAUGCUCUCCAAAGCAUGGAGAAAUAUCUGUCAACUCGACCAACGCGAUUUCCUUCAUUAGAAGCAGGAAUCGAGUGGCACACCCGCUCUCGAACCAUUCGAAACACUAAUUCUGCUCGUGCCUCUGUUCCUUCCCUGAUAUACGAAGAAACCUCUCCCAGUGAUCCCUCCUGGCCCUGGGUCUGGCGCACUAACCUUUCCGAAACGAAACCAUUCUGGGAGAACUGGUUUAUCGGCCUAAGCAAGAAAUUUCUCGAAGCGAGAGGAGGAAAGCUCUUACUUCUAGCUGGAACCGACAGACUGGAUAAAGAACUUAUGAUCGGUCAAAUGCAAGGAAAAUACCAACUCCAGGUAUUUCCCGAGGCGGGCCACUUUGUACAAGAAGAUCAGCCUAUCAAGACAGCUCAGGUGCUUGCGGACUUUUAUAAACGCAAUGACCGCAGCGCCUUAGUACUUCCCCCUAAAGUAGCAGAUAUGCAAGCUGCUGCUGCAAUGAAGAAAGGCGCUGGGGCUUCAGGUAUGAUUGGGCAGCUGAAGUAG